AUGGGUCAGCAAUUUAGCAAGGACAUACGCUCACGAUUGGAGCACCAGACUUUAGAAGAACUACUUAUUAACGACAAGUGUGCCGAGGAGAUCGAACAGCAUCUCCUAAGGCUCCCAAAGACAUCCCACAACAAUCUUGCCAAGAUAUUAGCAUCAUGGGAUAAAGCAAUAUCAAAUAACAGUAUUUCGAAAUCCCAGUCAAAUAAACCGCCCCAGGACUGGAUUCCAACGGCCAAAAACAGGAAUUCUCGGUCAUACAAGCUCGGUUCAUUAUGGUCAAUUCAAUCUCAAGACAUCAAUAUCCCUCAAAAGGUUGCGGAGGUUCUUAAACAAAACCCCCGUGAUGUUUUACGUCAGUGGUCCAAAAACGGUGUCGACCUUCAAUCUCCGUCUGAUUAUUAUGAAUAUACCUGCAACGUGGAAACAGACCGCAUUCUUUGCAGGAUCUUGUGGAGAUUUCUGACAACUUUCUACUAUGACCUCAUCUCAGAGCUCGAUGCUACAAAGAAUCUACUUCACAAAACUGAAAAUGGUGGUGUUUCCUUUGUGGUUGCCGUAAUUUGUCAAUCAGGGAAGCAUAAUUGCGAUAUCGUUCGGGAAAGGGUGGUUGGCUGGGCGAAGAUAGGUCGAAGGUACCGUGGAUUCAUGAAUGCGCUAUGUUCAGGAUGCUUAUUUCUGUUUCCUGAGAAAAUCAGCGAUCUUGUCUGGGAGACGUAUGUGCCAGUUAAAGGGAGCACAUUUGCCAAGGUUACCCAGUUUCUUCGAGAACUUGGCAUUGUUUGUAAAUGCGAGGAAGGAGGCUGGAAUGAUUUGAGCGACCAAAUUCUACAAGCCUUACGCGAACCUUUUCGGAAUGUCAUUCCUUUCCAAUUUCAACCUGACCAGCAGUCUCAACUAAGAUAUCCCUCGAACCAGCCUUUUGCAUCGGCUCCCGGCGAUGUCGAUGUAAACAGACGUGAACCAGGACCUCUACCAAAGCAAGGUGCCAAUCGCGUGAUCAAAGCAACUCGAAAAAGAGGUACUGCAUCCGUGAGGCGAAAGCUGCAGAGCGUCACCGGAGAUCUGGCACCUCUCCAGGCGCCUCGCGCGCAGAAUAGGGCUCAUGGAGGAGAUCCUCAGCGUCAGUUACCUCGAGCCCCGGCACAAUUUUCGACACCUGCUCCCAAUGAAUGUGGCCAGUGGCACUUAACGACCAAUGAUCAAAUACAACAGCCUGUCAACAUUCCAUUGAAAACAACAGAAGUCCAUAAUGUAGAUGAACAGCAGGGACAAGUGGAAUCAAGUUCCGAUACCUCAAGGUUUGGACGAUCAGGUAUCAACAAUAUUAGCUCUCUCUUAAAUCACGAUAGCGGGACUUCCAUCAUUGGUUUUCCCGUUGCUCAAAACUCGCUUCCAGGCUCACCGACUAGCCUCGCUGAGCCGGAUGGUGUCACCACAGGUAGCUAG